CUCCCGGAGAAGGCGAUGAUCGCUCGCACAAAAUCCUGCGUCUUCAGAGCAGCCCGGCGGGGGAGGGUUUACUGAAGGGGAGUGUGCUGAUUAGGUGAGGAGAUGUCAUGGUCUUCUUCCAUCGAUGUAGGAAGAUAGCAGAUAUGAUCGCCUGAAAAAGCCAGACUACACCGAGCAAGCAUGGCAUUCGCCCAGUCCCACAUUAUGGCAGCUAGAAGACAUCAGCACAGUAGACUCAUAAUUGAAGUGGAUGAGUACAGCUCCAACCCCACACAGGCUUUCACGUUCUACAACAUUAACCAGGGACGUUUUCAGCCCCCACAUGUGCAAAUGGUUGAUCCAGUGCCCCAUGAUGCUCCCAAACCUCCAGGAUAUACACGAUUUGUCUGUAUUUCUGAUACUCAUUCAAGAACUGAUCCCAUCCAAAUGCCAUAUGGAGAUGUGUUAAUACAUGCUGGUGAUUUUACUGAGCUGGGACUUCCAAGUGAAGUAAAAAAAUUCAAUGAGUGGUUAGGUAGCCUGCCCUAUGAAUACAAGAUUGUGAUAGCAGGAAAUCAUGAAUUGACCUUUGACCAAGAAUUCAUGGCUGACUUAAUCAAGCAGGACUUUUACUAUUUUCCCUCUGUUUCUAAGCUGAAGCCAGAAAGCUAUGAAAACGUACAGUCUCUUCUAACAAACUGCAUCUAUCUUCAAGACUCCGAAGUGACAGUGAGGGGAUUCAGGAUAUAUGGCUCCCCUUGGCAACCUUGGUUUUAUGGCUGGGGCUUUAAUCUUCCACGAGGCCAAGCACUAUUAGAGAAAUGGAACCUUAUUCCAGAUGGAAUAGAUAUUCUUAUAACACAUGGACCACCUCUAGGUUUUCUAGACUGGGUUCCCAAGAAAAUGCAACGGGUAGGAUGUGUUGAGCUGCUAAACACAGUCCAGAGACGAAUACAGCCACGGCUUCAUGUUUUUGGACAUAUCCAUGAAGGUUAUGGUGUCAUGGCUGAUGGAACUACUACCUAUGUGAAUGCAUCUGUGUGCACUGUGAAUUACCAGCCACUUAAUCCACCUAUAGUUAUUGACUUACCUACUCCAAGGAACACAUGA